AGUAAAAGAAAACUAUUUCAGUAGCUUCGUGUAGGCUAGUGUUCAGUUAACGCCUAAAAUCAUGGCAGAAGCGUUUUCAAGCAAAGACGAUAUUUUAAUGUGUCCGGUUUGUUUGGAUCUACUGAAGGAUCCAGUGACUCUUAACUGUGGACACAAUUACUGCACGGGCUGCAUUAAGGGCUGCUGGGAUCAGGAAGAUCAGAAGGGAGUCUACAGCUGCCCCCAAUGCAGACAGACCUUCAGUCCAAGACCCGUUUUAAACAGAAAUAACGUUGUUGCAGAACUUGUGGAACAAAUAAGAAAGACCAAAAUCGAAGCUCCUGUUCUGUUCGCUGCAGGACCUGGAGAUGUGGAGUGCGAUGUCUGCAUUGGAAGAAAACUCAAAGCCGUGAAGUCCUGUCUGGAUUGUCUGUUGUCUUACUGUGAAAGUCACUUCAAAGUUCACAAUGAUAUGAAUCCAGGAAGAAAACACUCAGUGAUUGAUGCCACAGGCCAGCUACAGGAGAGGAUCUGCCCCCGUCAUCAGAAGGUGUUUGAAAUAUUUUGUCGUACGGAUCAGAGUUGUAUCUGCCUUAUGUGCACGAUGGAUGAACAUAGAGGCCAUGAUACAGUCACAGCUGCUGCAGAACGAACUGACAAACAGAAGCAUUUGGGACAGACCCAGAGGAGAUUCCAGCAGAGAAUCCAGGAGAGAGAGAAGGAGCUGCAGGAGCUGAGGAAGGCUGUGGAGACUCUCAAGAGCUCAGCACAGACAGCAGUGGAGGACAGUGAGAGCAUCUUCACUGAGAUGAUCCGCUCCAUUGAGAGAAGGCGCUCUGAGGUGACAGAGCUGAUCAGAGGUCAGGAGAAGGCUGAGGUGAGUCGGGCUGAAGGACUCCUGAAGAGACUGGAGCAGGAGAUUGCUGAGCUGAAGAGGAGAGAUGCUGAACUGGAGCAGCUUUCACACACAGAGGAUCACAUCCAUUUCCUCAAGAAAGUCCCUUCAAUCAGAGAAUCUCCUCGCUCUAAAGAUUUACCCAGCAUGACCCUCAGCCAAAGUUUUUCUCUUGAGGCUGUGAAGGAAUCUGUCUCCCUAAUGAAGGCACAACUCGAUAACAUCUUCAAGCAGGAAGGAGCCAAGAUAUCUGCAGCAGUGACACAUGUCCAGAUCAUCCAGUCAGCAAAUACUGAUCCUGAACUCCCAUUCAGAAGAAGACACAGUCCAGAGCGGCUGAGACCAAACAUGUCUGAGCCAGUAACCAGAGAGGAGUUCUUAAAGUACUCCUGUCACUUCACACUGGAUCCAAACACAGCACAGAUAAACCUCCAUCUGUCUGAGGGGAACAGGAGGGUGGAGUACAGAGCUGAGCUCCAGUCAUAUCCUGAUCAUCCAGAGAGAUUUGAUGAUGAUUAUCAGGUGCUGUGUAGAGAGGGUGUGUCUGGACGCUGCUACUGGGAGGUGGAGUGCAGUGGGCAGUGGGUUUUUAUAGCCGUCUCAUAUAAAAGCAUCAGCAGAAAAGGACGGGGUAUUGCGUGUGUGUUUGGACGUAAUGAUCAGUCCUGGAGGCUGCGCCGCUACAGCUCCGGCUGCUCUUUCAUGCACAAUAAUAAAGAGACUGAACUCCCUCUAGUGGCCAGCUCCAGAAUAGGAGUGUAUGUGGAUCACAGGGCAGGAACUCUGGCCUUCUACAACAUCUCUGACACAAUGACCCUCCUGCACAGAGUCCAGACCACAUUCACUCACACACUCUACCCUGGGUUUUAUAUGUUUGGUGCGUCAUCAGUGAAACUGUUAUAACACACACCAUAUGGAGCAGGACAGAAAUGUAAAGACCCCAGAUACAGAUAGAUGCUGUUAUCACACACACACACACACACACACACACACACACACACACACACACACACGCACACUCACACACACACACACACACACACACACACACACACACACACACACACACACACUCACAUAUCUCACAUCUCAUCAGCUGAGACUCUGUGUUCUUGGGGGAAACAAAAGACCAAAUCCACUCCCUCAUCUCUGGACCCCAGCAGAUAUUACAGCAUCUGCACCUCUGCUGGAACACACAUCAGCACACCACACAUACACUAUUGGGUGGGAAAUGUGUUGAUGAGCCCAGUGUUUCACCCCCUCUGAUCCUCUCCCACAAUCCAUUUCCUCUCCCUCCUUCCCCUCCCCCAGGUGUUCAGGCCUUUAGGCACUCUGUGAUUAGACACGUGUCUGAUGGAAGGUUGAAAGUGAAGUUCACACUGUUGAGUAGAAGUAAAUAUUUUUCAUGAGGUUGUAGUCAAGAGAUAUAAAAAUAUAUCUGAUAUAAGAUAAACUGACUCAAUCUCUGUCUAAAUGUUUCAGAUACUAUGGUGGAUGUUAGAUGUACCCUUUUUAAAAUAAAAAGCACACACGA